CACUCCAUGGCGGUGGCGCCGGUGGUGCCGGGACGGAGAUGCGUCGCUUGCGCUUCCGGCAAUUCCGGUACCAGGAGGCGUCAGGACCACGGGACGUUUGCCGGCGGUUACGGGAGCUGUCGCAGGGUUGGUUACGGCCGGAGGUGCGGAGUAAGGAGCAGAUCAUGGAGCUGCUGGUGCUGGAGCAAUUCCUCAGCAUCCUUCCCGAGGAAAUCCAGAGCUGGGUCUGGGUCCGACAUCCCGAAUCCUGUGCCCAAGCCAUCGCCUUGGCCGAGAGCUUCCAGUUGGGACAGGGAGAUCCCGAUGGGAUUUGGGAGCAGCAGGUGACGGUGCGUGUGAAGGUGGAGGAGGUGGCCUCAGGGGAUGCGGAGGACCCCGAACUGCCCUCUGGGGACGGCUGGCGGGAGGAGGUGGCCCGGGGCAAGGUCAGGUUUGUCCCCGAGGAAGAGGAGCGGCACCUGCAGGAAACAGGUCCCACCAUGGCGAGCAGAGACACGGAGGCAUCCGUUUUGCAACGGCAAGACCCCCUGCACCCACCCAGCACCCUCCAGGUCAUGCCGGUGGUCAGGAACCCCACCCGGAGAGGGCCUCACCGGCGACAGAUCCCACGGGAUCCCAUCACCUUCCCACAGCCCCUCACCCAAGGUCUGCCCGGACCGGUGGAGGACACCAGGAGCCCAGAGAAGCCCUGGGUGAAGCGGGAGCCGUCAGCGCAGGGGAAGGACCGUCCGUACCCCUGUGGUGAGUGCGGCAAGAGCUUCGGCCGGUUGACCCACCUGAAGACCCACCAGCGAACCCACACGGGGGUGAAGCCCUACGCCUGCGGGGCUUGCGGCAAGAGCUUCGGCCACCUCUCCACCCUCACCACCCACCAACGGCUACACACGGGUGAGCGUCCUUACGCCUGCGGCUCCUGCGGCAAGACCUUCACCAACCCAUCGGACCUCAACAAGCACCAACGGUCGCACACCGGCGAGCGACCCUACCCCUGCGCCGCCUGCGGCAAACGCUUCAGCCAACAGUCCAACCUCACCAUGCACCAACGGAGCCAUACCGAGGAGCGACCCUACCCCUGCGGCGCCUGCGGCAAGAGCUUCAAGUACUUGGCGGACCUGACGGUGCACGAGCGCUCGCACACGGGCGAGAGACCCUUCCCCUGUCCCCACUGCGGGAAGAGCUUCAGCAACAAGUCCUCCCUCGCCCGGCACACGCGCAUCCACGCCCGGGUGGCCGCCAGGGACAAGUGA